UUUCCACCGGUUAGCGCCGUCUUCCUUCGUCUUCUUCCUGUCAUUCACGCUUUCUCUUCCUCCUUCCUGCACGGCUGCACCCCUCCCGAGGAAACCGCGAGCGGGCCACCCCCUCGCCUUCCGCGCACCCCACCGUCGGCGACUGCACCGCACCCAAAAAAUCGUCUCUUGACCCACUCCAACCCCUCCCCCGUCUCAAUCCAGAUUCGACCUCUGCAAAACACCAAUGGGGAUCUCCAAGGUGACAGACCCCGCCUCGAAGGUGCUCCUGGCGGCCUCCCUGGCGCUCUGGCACACCUGCCGGAGGCUCCUGGCAAUACCUUUUAUGAACUGUUACGCGGUGGAUCCUCGGCAAGUCCGCCUCCACGGGCCUGUUCCUGCCCUGGUCCUUGGUCCUCCUUGGCCCUUUCCUCCUCCUUGCUCACUCCUACGCCAUGGCCAUUCAUCAGGAAGGAGAUCGCCCAGGGCCCGAACCGGCGUUAAUGGGCGGAAACGACCAAAGUUAUCUGACUUGUGGGCCACCUCUUUCAGAAUCUGGCUUAGCUGCGUUGAAGAACUGAUGAUGUAGGCUGCUUGCCUGCUUCGUGUGCGAAUUGUUACCUAAAUGUAGUGGCAAAGUGGGUAUUAAUUCAAGUGGAGAAGAGACUGCUGUGAAGGUACUUCACAUGACAGGUGUCGAUGAUAGUGAAUUCCAAAAGGAGUUUCGGAACCUGAAGAGUCUCAGGCAUGACAAUAUUGUCGAGUUGGUGGGUUUCUGCAAUGAAGCAGAGGAAGUAGUUGCGGAAUUUGAAGGAAACCAAGUUGUUGCUUUGAAGAUGCAUACGGCGCUCUGCCUUGAGUACGUCAGCAACGGUAGCCUUCAAAAACAUAUUUCCGAUGAAAACACUGGACUAAAUUGGCACAUACGUUAUAAGAUAAUAAAAGGGAUCUGUGUUGGUUUAAAAUAUCUUCAUGAGGGACUGGAGUUCUCCGUAUGGCAUUUGGACUUGAAACCAGACAAUAUAUUACUAGACCAAAACAUGGAGCCAAAGAUCGCAGAUUUUGGUUUAUCCAGGCUCUUGGGUGAUGAAAAAACAAGAAAGACAAUGAGUGCCGUAGGAACAUGUGGAUAUUGGCCGCCAGAAUAUUUAAACCAUCAAAUAAUUACAAAAGAGUUUGACAUAUUUAGUUUGGGUGUUAUAAUUACGAAGAUAAUGACCGGACGUGAAGGCUACACCAGUAUCGCUGAUAUGAGGCCCGGAAAAUUUGUUAAGCAUGUACAUAACAAUUGGAGGAAUAAACUUUGUAAAAUACUGAGGCCUGCAUCACUUGAAGUAUAUUGCAACCAGGUGAAGAGAUGCAUCGAAAUAGCACUAGAAUGCUUGAAGCCGAACCGACAAGAAAGACCUACUAUACAGUAUAUUGUUUCUAAUUUGGAGGAGACAGAAACAGUAAUAGGUGACAUAAGCCUGCACAUAGAACAGUUUAAUAAUGAUGGAGAAUCAACCCUUCAUUCCGAGAGCAAUGUGACCUCUGGGCACUCUUCAGGUGGUGGUGAAGCUAGCAGUUCUACUUACUUCGAUACUCCGACGGCAAAAGCUGUGCCGUUCCAGUUGCUAGAAAGCAUGACAGAUGGUUUCUCUGAAGAGCGAAUAAUUGGUAAGGGUGAGUUCACAAGAGUUUACAAGGGAGUUUAUGAGAAUGGACAAGUCAUUGCUGUGAAGAGGUACCAUAGCUCACGUAGAUUGAAUGAUAAUGAGUUCGAGAAUGAGAUUCAAUACCUUAUGAAGGUGCAUCACCCGAAUAUCAUACAAUUAGUUGGCUACUGCAUGCAUACUGAACACCAACUUAUAGAGUACGAGGGAAAAAUGGUGUUUGCUGAAAUUCAAAACAAGGUCUUGUGCCUCGAGUAUUGUUCAAAUGGAUCCCUUGAUCAGCAUCUUUCAGACAUAAGUUAUGGACUCGAUUGGCUCACACGCUACAGAAUAAUUAAGGGCACUUGUGAGGGUUUAAGACAACUCCAUGAGCGAUCGAGUCCUAUCAUUCAUAUGGACCUAAAUCCUAGUAACAUUUUUCUGGGUGAGUGCAUGGUACCAAAAAUAGGAGAUUUUGCUCUGGCCAGAGUUUUGGAAGAUGAAUAUUCCAUUCAGACAAUAAGGAUGAUAGGAACACGAGGAUACAUGCCACCUGAAUUCAUAGAUAAGCAAGUUAUCUCCAUAAAGUCAGACAUAUACAGCUUGGGUGUUGUAAUCAUAGAGAUAAUGACAGGGAAAAAAUACCAUGCAUAUUUUGAAUUAUCUAUCCAGGAGCUUAUUGAAAAUGUUCAUGAAAACUGGAGGAAGAGGCUACGCGCAACAUUCGAUGACACGUCUGGCGAAGGUUAUUGUCAGCAAGUUAAGAAAUGCAUCAAAUUGGCGUUGAGUUGUGUGGAGCCUGAGAGGCUGAAAAGGCCCUCUAUCGGGGAAAUCAUCGAUAUGCUGAACGAAACAGAAACCUUUAUUCAUGAACUAACUUUAAAAGAUAAGUCCGAGCUGCUUGAUGUCCACCCCGUUGAGCUUUACUUCCCCUUUGAGCCAAAGAAGGCCACAUCCUGCUCGCUGCGGCUAAACAACAAAGGAAGCGACCGCGUCGCGUUCAUGGUUAUGGCCAAGACCCAGAAAAUGUACUCUACGAAGCUGCCAUUCUGCAGCGUGGUGCCUCCAGGUUGCUCCUAUACCAUUGCCGUGACAAUUCGCAAACAGAACCAGCAGCUGCCAUCAGCCAUCAGCGAGUUCUUCACAGUGCAGAGCGUCGCGGUGGGUGAUCAUGACCUCAAGCAUGUUGACGAAGAUUCUGCCUCGGUGGUGUACGGCAACUUCUUUAAGAAAGCCGAAGAGAUGAACAGUGAUGAGCUGCAAGAGAUGACGCUGCCUGUUUGUUGGGAUCUACCUGCUGAAGGGACAGAGUCUGAGCCGAAUCAAUCCAGAAUCGAGAUCAUUGCCACCCUGGAUUCUCAGCAAGUGUCGUCAGUAGAAGUGCAUCCAUCGCAGCCAUGGAUUAUGACGACACAUCAUGGGGGGAGCCUUCGUGUUUGGGACUAUCAGACAAUGGCUACGUUGCAAUCCUUUCAAGUAACAGAUGAACCAGUUCAUGCAGCUAAAUUCAUUGAACGCGAGAAGUGGAUUAUCGCUGGUGAUGGCAAUGGGUGCAUCCAUGUAUACAGUUACGAAGAAAAAGAACCCACGAGCUUCGAUGCUCAUGACAGUGGAAUCACAUCUUUGGCUGUGCAUCCAACACAAACUGUUGUGCUGUCAUUCUCCCAUGAUGAUCAUCUGAUUAAGCUUUGGGAUUGGGAGAAGGACUGGGAGUGUACUCGAACAUUUCAGGGGCACACUAACAGAGUCACUCAAAUAACGUUUAACCCAAAUGGCGCUGAUAGUUUUACCAGUGUUUCCAGGGAUGGCAAGGUCAAGAUAUGGAGUGUUCAUUCUGAUGGUAGUAGCCCCAUCACAUUCGAUGGAGACGACCAAGGUCUUCUCUGUGUUGAUUACUUCACACGCCGCAAUCGGCAGCAUCUGAUCACCGGUUGCAUGGACGGGACUGCAAAGAUUUGGGACCUGGAGAUGGAUAUCUUGGAAGGAUGUGUUCAUAAGCUAGAAGGGCAUGAAGGGCGUGUCACUGCCGUCAAUUUGCACCCAGAGCUUCCAUUGUUGAUCACAGGUUCACUUGAUGGGACGGUUCGUCUAUGGGACUCCACUACCUACAAGCUUGAAAACAUAAUUGGUUUUAACCUGGGUGCAGUUUAUGGGUUUGGAUUUAUAAAGGGUUUGAGAAGGUUGGUUGUCGGGUGCCACCAAGGAAUAGCCAUGAUGGAAAUACCUUCACCCUGAAGAAAAUAACGGAGGCAUAGUAAAUCCAGGGAGAGUAGAACGUUUGAUGCAAUUCAGCUCAAAUUUAAGAUAUUUCAGUGAGUAUACCUAAAGUGUGACUUGGUCCGGCUUGCUAGUUGCUACCAUUAGUGAUAACUUUCAAGGAAAAAUAAUUGUAAUAUUUGCUUUGGAGCCAUUAUGCACUUUUAUUCCGAAGGUUAUUCUUUUAAGAUUUUGAGCUCUUGUACGAUAUCAUAAAAUUAAUUUAGACUAUCUUUUUUUCAA